AUGGGCAAAUCAUCAAAGUUUUACAAGAAAGCAUCGCUCAAGGAGAAGCAAGCUGGCCAAGGCAAAUUGCGAUCAUCUGCAUCCUCGUCAGCCGGUACAUCUAGCUCUAAUGCCCAAGUCUUUAAGCAAGUAGCCAUCAAGAAAGCCGCUUUGACCGGAAAGGCGCUCGAAAAGAGACAAGCCCUCGAGCAGAAGUCUCGCGAAAAGGAAGAAGCAACUCGUGCAGCUAAGCCUGUCUUCCGUCAAGCCGGCCCUGCACCGAGGACCGAAGAUGUAGACGACGAAGACCAACACAAGUUGGGCGAACAUUCCGAAGUCAUCAAAAGACGCGCACGCAAUCGACAAAGGAAAGAUUGGGGCCCAAUGCCAAAGGACAUGGGUAUCGACUAUCUGAAGCAGUGGGAUUCUCGCUCUUAA